CAGCGCUACUCAUGAUUGCAUUACUUUACAAUGUAUCGCGCCAUCUAAUUCGCGAUGCAAAGCUGGGUCUAAGUUUGUGCAGUAGGCAGGCCCUAUAGACUUCCAGAAUCUGCGUGAGGCCUACUCAUCAUUCGAAAGAAGCAACCGGGAUGCCACCCGUGGGACAUCCGUUGCGAGCCCGCGCUAUUGGGCUCUACAAGACGCUGCACCGCUUAGGCAGAGAGUACCCUGAGCCAUCGUACAACUUCCUCGGCAAGCUGCGAUCCAUGUCGGCUAAGAAUGCUAAUCUCACAGAGAAUGCAGAGGUAGAAAAGAUACUGGCGCUAGGGGAACACAUUCAAAAAGAAACUGAAGCACUGUACUCCCUCAAGAAGUACCGUACACUUCGGCGAAGAUACAUCCCCGAGGAUUAAUAUUUCCGUCUCAGACGUCGGCAUACUCUUGCUUGUGACUGUAGCAUAUGAUUCAAGACGGAGAAUGUUUGUUCAACGCGUG